AUGGUGGGAAAAGACUGCGUUGCAAUCGCCUGCGAUCUCCGACUCGGCAUGCAAGCGCUGACGGUUUCAAACAACUUCCCCAAGAUCUUCAACUAUGCGCCCUCGACCUAUCUCGGCCUGACUGGGCUCGCUACUGACGUGACAACCGUCUCCGAUCUCUUCCGUUACAAAGUCAACAUGUACCGCCUGCGCGAGGAGCGACACAUCGCUCCGCAGACUCUGGCCAACCUCGUCAGUUCGAGUCUGUAUGAGCGGCGGUUCGGCCCUUACUUUGUCUCUCCGGUGGUUGCGGGCAUUAACCAUACGACUGGGAAGCCGUUCAUCUGCGGGUUUGACAGCAUUGGGUGUAUUGAUUUCGCCAAGGACUUUAUUGUCAGUGGUACGGCUAGUGAUCAGCUGUUUGGUACUUGCGAAGGUCUUUGGGAACCUGAUCUGGGCCCCGAGGAUCUGUUCGAGACGAUUUCCCAGGCGCUUCUCAACGCCGUCGACCGAGACGCACUUUCUGGCUGGGGUGCCAAUGUCUAUAUCAUAGAGAAGGACAAGGUUACAAAGAGAUUACUCAAGGGACGACAAGACUAG